AUGUCAAAUAAGGAACAGAAAGCUCCGACUGACAAAAUUGUAUCGGAGAUUGUUAAAAAAGGACAACCGUACAAAGAAAUUGAAGCUGUCAUCAAUAACAAUCGUGUCAUCAUCAGGAUGCACAAGGAAUCGAUUAAAGAAGAGUACGAUCCUCCGUGCGAAUGCGUCGGCCAGGUAGUCGCAAAGGAAUCGGAAGACUUAAAAAAAUGCGAUAACGGCGUCGCAAUCGACAUGGCCAAUGGAAGUUUGGAACUCUGUCGUACUUCUCGGGAAGAUCCGUCAUCGAUGAAGGAGACUGCAUGUCGUACGGUCAUGUUGUAUCCGAAUGUAAAAGAGGACGAUCACAUUUCUGCAGCUUCGCGCCUGGAAAAUGCGAAAGAUAGAAGAUCGAAAAGACUAAUUGAUCUGGAAGAGAAUCCGAAUAUAUUCUUAUUAAGAAUCAGAAAGCACUGCGAAUAUAGCGGCGAUAAAAAGCAGAAGAUUGAUCUUGAGUUCCGAACACCGCGACCGUGGUUACCUAGGAAGCAGGAUAAGAAAAAAGAUCUCACAGGCUUGUCUGAGAACUUAGAGGAACAGGAAGAUAAAAUUGAAAAAAACGUAGACGAGCAGAUCGACAUUUACAAAGAAGCAGAUGAGGAGAAUAACGAAUAA